AUGUCGAGGGACACUUCUCAUGUGGCGCACGAUCCUUUUGCAGCCGGCUUCAACACCCCAAUUUCGCCUAGAUCGAUCCUUGACACAACCCGUUGGGGCCCCCUCAACCUGCUUGGUCCACUCGGACUUUCGCACGAGUUUCAAAGUAUCUUGGAUGCCGCAUUGAUCCAUCAGUGGCCGGCGUUUGCCUUGGCUACGCACGAAGCUGCAAUCACACAGAUUCGAGAAGCCGUCAUCCGCACCUCGCUGUUAGCACCGCAUUGUCUCUUUGCCACCAUAUAUGCCGGCGAGUGUUACAGAUCCUAUUUCGGCGGCAGAACACUCCGCAAUGAGAUGCUCCAACUCCAAUUGAAACAACAGGCGCUGAGACAUCUGCGAAGAGCCCUGCAGGACCACGGAGGUGUCGCGUCGGAUGAAGUACUCUGGACGAUAACCCUUCUGGCAAUCCAUGGUUCGGUCCGUACCUUGAAGCACCCCCGGUUCACCACUCCCGUGUAUCGAGACAACGAAUUCUAUUCCAGCCUGGAAUUCGAAGGGACCCAUCUGCGUGCUUUGAGGACGCUCGUCACCCAGAAAGGAGGUCUGCAGACGUUGGCGCUGCAUGGCCUGAGCAACAUGAUUUCAAUGUAG